AUGUACAAGUCCGGUGGCAAACUUGUACAUCACAUCAAGGGGAUGAUGUCUCUUCUAAUUAAUGUUCCAUCACCUUUUGCAGUAAUUGAAGCAAGUUUUACAUUAUCAACGUCAGCUAUUGAAAACAUUUCACCAGUUAUCAUCAAAAGAAUAUCCAAGGAGUUGAACGUUCUUGUCGCACAGCCUCCAGAAGGAAUUAGAGUUAUCAUUAAUGAGCUGGAUGUUUGUGAUAUUCAAGCUUGGAUAUUAGGGCCUGAGGGAACACCUUACGAAGAAGGAAUGUUUAAGAUUAAAGUGGUAUUAGGCACCGAUUUUCCAUCAGUACCUCCAAAAUGCCAUUUCAUAACCAAAAUCUUUCAUCCAAAUGUUUCAAAAUCUGGUGAAGUUUGUGUAAAUACACUAAAAAAAGAUUGGAACAAAGAUUUUGGGAUUGAGAGGAUUUUACUGACUGUAAAAUGUCUCUUGAUUUUUCCUAAUCCGGAAUCUGCGCUUAACGAAGAAGCUGGUAAAUUACUUUUAGAAGAAUACGAAGAGACCAGAAUAACUUUGUUUGUUUCACGUUCAUUAGCUAACUAUGACUGCGAUAUCAAAAAUGAUCCAAGAGACGAAUUUCAGAAAAUAGCAGCUCUACGACGAUUAUCCGGAGAAACUGUCGACGGAGCUCAAUAA